AAUCAUCCCCAUGAUGCCGGGGAAGUAGGGAGUGGGUGGAGUGCUGGAAGUCUCAGCGCGCAUGCGUUUUCGGCGGACGGUGACGUUCGUCGCGUCGCGCGUCGUCGCGCGUGCGCAGAACCUUUGCGGAGCGCCGUGCCGGAAGCCAACAUGGCGUCCGAGCGCUCUCCAGGCUGCUGUGGUUAUCGCGGCCGCAUCUGAAAAAGAUAGUCUGAGGGGGUCGAAGCAGCGGGGCGUAACGGAGGGGCGGGCGCUGUAGUCGGUAUGGCGCGGCACAGGAACGUCCGAGGCUACAACUACGAUGAAGAUUUUGAAGAUGAUGAUCUCUAUGGCCAGUCUGUAGAGGAUGAUUAUUGUAUUUCACCAUCAACAGCUGCUCAGUUUAUUUACUCAAGACAUGACAAACCAUCAUCAUUUGUUGAGCCAGUAGAAGAAUAUGACUAUGAAGAUACAAAAGAACCUACUAACUCUAUUUCUAAUCAUCAGCUUAGUGGAAUUGAUCAAGCUCGUCUUUACUCAUGCCUUGAUCACAUGAGAGAGGUGCUUGGAGAUGAUGUCCCAGAUCAAACAAUGAUUGAAGCAGUGUUGCAAAGUAAAUUUGAUGUGGAAAAGGCUUUAGCUAUGGUGCUUGAGCAAGAUAAAAAGCAGACCAAGAGUGAGGAAGCUAUCUCCAUGGGAAAGGCAACAAAAGGAGUCUUAUUUUGUUCAUCUGAAGUAUCAACUGAUAAUGUUCAAUGCUUUUUUCCUUCAUCCGUAAACCACUCAGGGUGCAGUAGUAACCCUUUUGAGUUUUGUGACUCAGUACCUAAAGAUGGAUUAUCUUGUAAUUCUUCAAAUAUCUUGAGUCACCGUUUACUACAUAAAAAAAAGAAACUUGACAGGCCUCACAGUGAUAAGAAACUAGAAUCAUGUAAGUCAUCAAAAGAGCUGUCAUUAGCUGACCUAAUUAAUGAUAUGCCACAUGAUUCAUUUUAUGAAUCUCUUAACAGUCAGCCAAAAGUUAAAUUUUCAUCUAGAAGUGACCUUGAAAAUAUGAUUUCAGAUAGUGUAGAUGGUAAAUUAUUGGGAGCUGAUUCAUCUGUGUCUCCUUCCUUGGAUAUUUCUGAGUAUAAGGGAGGACCAGAUUUGAAAGCAUUAAUGCAGACAAAAAGAUCGGAUAGUUCUUUGUCUAUUGAAAAUAAUUUACUACCCAUUGUUGAAAACAUUCCAGUACAGAACAACAUGGAAAGUAUUAAUUCUUUUUACUUAACUAACACAUUAGAAAACAUGACCCUUGAUAACAAUGUAAGUCACCUUCAGAAUAAAAAGGCAGAAUUAUCUGGAACUGUUCUUUCAGCUCAGCAGUGUUCCAAGAAACAUAAUUUAGAAAAAGAUAGGGUACAGUUUUCCAAAUGUGAAAGUCCAUCUCUCACAGAACUAUUUCAAGAACACAAAGAAAAUAAUCCAAGCCAGUAUUUUUCUUUAUCUGAUCUUUGUAACCAGUCUUCUGCCAGUUUUACAGAUAAGAGUUUGGGAUCUACACCAUUGUCACAAAUAACUCAGUAUCAGUCUUCGACUGGAAUACCCGAAUUAACAGGAUCUCUGUCAUCUUUGGCAUUUUCUAAAGCUUCUCCUACUAGAGAUCUUGAAAAUUUGUCUCUUUCUGAUUUAAUUGCAGAAUCUAUUAAUGAAGUAGAUAAAUCUCAAAUUAAAAAAGAUCCUUCUAUGUUAGAUUUACCUGAAAUAAAGUCUUCUGCAGUAGAUUCAAAUAUUGAUCUAAGUGUCCUUAUAAAAACCCCAGAGAUCUUUCCAAAACCUAUAGAAAACCAAUCAAAUAUCUUAAUAUCAGGAGCUAAAGUUCCAAGUUCUAAGCUAGUGAAAAAUUCUAGUUUCUCCAAAGAGAAUAAGAAAAGCAAGAAAGGCUAUAUUACUAGAAAACCAGCUUUUUCUCUUUCUUGGACAAAGGCCCUUGCUGCUAGACCAUCAGCUUUUGCUUCAACACUGUGUCUUCGAUAUCCACCGAAAACCUGCAAGAGACACACCUUUGACCUCUAUAAGACUUUUCUUUACAGUAGACAAGUUCAAGAAGUAAAGGACAAAGAAAUAGGUCCUCUCAAAGUAAUAACACCAUUUGACUUCAAAUCCGCAUCCCCUGAUGAUAUUGUGAAGGCUAAUCAAAAGAAAGCUUUUACUAGAGAAUAGUGUAAAAGAGGAGAAUUCGACAACAGCCUUUUCUUUUAAACCAGUUUAAAAUCUCUACAGAAUAACUUUAUACUUUGGAAUUGUAAUUAAUUUUUAUUACAUAUUUUAAAAAAUGUAUCUGAAUUGAUAACUUUAAUUCAUUUGUAUUAUUGCACUGAAAUUAAUCAUUUGCUAUCCGUCCUCAGUAAUCAUUAAUGACAUGUAUAAUUAACCAUCUGAGCCCCCAUAAUGUUUACAAAUUGUGUAUAUAGAGUUGUUAUUCAGACAUCAAACCAAUUUUAUUUGAAACUUAAUUUAGCUAAAAAAUUUUUUCCAGAUUUGAAAUGAAUAAUUGUAUUUUAUAAAGCUUAUUUUUGAAGUUGUAAAGAUUUUGCUUUUCUACUAAGAGUAUUCAAUACAUUUAGCAAUCAUUUUGGAUUACUAGUUUAGUGGAUUUUAAAAAUUAUAUGCAUAUGGCAUUGCAUGCCUAGAAAAUAGUUUUAAGAUUAUAGUUUUAAGAAUAUUAUUUGUGUCAUUUCAGAUUAUACUGUUUUUCUGGGUAUCAGUUUAAAUGUAUAGUCAAUUCUGAAAUUCCAAAGCUUUAAGAAAGAUAUUCUGGGGUGUAAAUAAAUCGUUUGCUGCUAAACAUCAAAUAGAAACCAGUUAGUGGGACCACUUUUAUAAUUUGAAAUGUAUAUUGUUAGUCGUAGAGAUUGUUUACACAUUUGUUCUUACUGAAUGUUUUCAGACACAAAACAUGAUGCUUUUUUUUGUGGGGGAGGAAUGGAUAAGAGGUAUCUUUUUUUAUUAGUUUUAUUUUUUAUUUUAGAAAAAUGUUCAAAAUCAAGGCUUUUCUUUUCUCUAUUAAUAGAUAUUUGCCCAAUAAGAGCUGGUUUUGGGUACAAUCAGACCAAGUUAAAACUAUUUUAGUCAUUUUUCAUCUCUGAAAGAAAAAUAAAUCAGACCCUUUUGAACUUAAAAUUAUUUUUGGUUUUUAGUAAUUAGGAUUUAAGCAAUACCACAGAAAAGUAGUGAUUCUGACUGGGUGUAUUCCAAUUCCUUAAAACCUUCAAAAUUUUCUUCCUCCAGAACCUUUUUGUGAUGUGGACAUGAAUACUGUAUUUCUUAAAAACUACAUCAGUAGAGUAUAAGCUCUGGGAGGCUCAAUUAAACUGGAAAGACUUCAAGUAGUAGUAUAAAGAUAGUAUGUUUGUCAUUUGAGGACAAGCUAAGCUAAAUUUGGAGAGGAUCACUAAUUUGACUCUAGGGUCAUGAAUAUCCAGUUAUAAAAGUUCUGAAAGAUUGUUUACUAAGUUGUAUAAGGGAUAUAGUCCUCCAUCAGUUAAAUCACAGAUCCAUGAAGAAUUAAAAUAUGUAUAUGCAUAGAGAACAUUUAAUAGGCAUUUUAAUCUGCUAGAAAGGCUAAACAUGGUACACUAUCAGUAUUUGUAUUUGAGGUAUUUUUAAUGUGUGUGUGUUUGGCAUUGUAUAUUAUGUAAAUGUAUAGUUAGGUCAAUGUAUGAUGCUUAUCAUUUCUAGCAGGUAUAAAUGACUACAAAUUCUUUAUUUCCCAUAAAGCUUACUUUUUAUUCAGGUAAAUAAACAUUUUCUCUUGGCAGCUACCUGGAAAUAAUAUGUUUAAAUAUCAAAAAGUCACCUCUUGCAAUAAGAAAACAAAUCGACUUUCCCUAUGAACUUUAGGAUUUUUAUAGGGAUUUAAAAAAAAGUUUUUUUCUAGCUACCAUUUAACUUAUUGCUCAGGAGUAUGUCUCAGUAUUUAUUGGUUGUAUGUAUAAUAAUGAUUUUGAAAGUAGCAUUUUUGGUAAAAAAAAAAAAAAAAAACUUGAAGUGAAUUUAUACUAAUUGUUCUUAAAAAUAAAUAUUUGAUUUUCAUAUUUUGAAGACUAUUAUACAUAAUGAACAAUAUUCUUUGCAAGGCUAAUUAGGCAUUCAGGGUGAGGUUCUGUUUGGCAUUUUAGAAUUUCAUACUUCAUUACAUUAUAGAUAAUGCUGCUACUGACUUUAAAAUUUUAAACUAUAUUUUGGCUUUUUGGGGGGUAUCAGUUUUGUAGUUCAAAAAUAAUUUUGUGUUUGGUCAACAGUUGUAAGAAAGUAGCAAACUACUUAAUAAUUUUGAAUUUUUAAGUCAAUAUUUUGAAUAAGGUUGGGAGAUAGGAAGGUAACAACUCAUUUUACAUGAAACCAUUUUCAGUUUUAAAAUAUUGUUAAGCCCAAAUACCAAAUAUCAUAAUACCGAUAUAGAUCAGUUCAGAACUCUGGACACAGUUUCCUACCAAAACAAUGUUUGAAAUAAUGGUUAGAUUGCUAGAGUAGACAACAAAAUCAAUUUUACUUGUAAGGUAGCUUAGUUAACUCAGGAUAUGCGUUGCCAACAAUUGUGUUACAAUUACGUUAGAUUUUUUUUUCAGCUACACAGUGUAAGGUUAAAUAGGUUAUUGUGAAGUGAUCCAAAAACAUCUACUACGUACAAUUUUAUUUCUUUGGGAAAAUGGAUUCUGUAGCAUGAGUUAAAAGCAGCAAUCUUCUUGUUGUUUUGGUUCCAAUAUCUCUUCCUGCCAGCAUACAUGGUCAGACAUGCAGAAAUACUAAAAUACACACAUAUUUGGCUCAGGUAAAACCUUUGCAUUCUCUGAAUUCCUUGAAAAACAUCCAGGUUUGAACUAGUUAUACUUAUCACUGUUUGUAUGUAGGAAUGUGCUUGUACUUUAAUAUUCAAGUAAUGACUGAAUAUUGAUAGCACUGUGUAGAUAUUUUAAACUACCAUUUAUUCAGCAAUAAGUUUGUAGUCUAGAUAUGUUAUGUAAUUUUACUUUCAUUCUUCCAGUUCAAACAUAAAUUUUGAGGUGUGUGUAAAGCAAUUGUUCUUUCUUGUAAUUUUUAUAACAUCAAAAAAAAUUUUUUAUAAUAGGAAAAUAUUUUUACUAAUUGCCUUUGACAUAAUUUCUUUUCAGAAGUAAACCAAUUAAAAAGUAAUUGUCAUGUUUACUUUUAUUUUCUUAAGAUUUUUUUAUGUAGAGGUUUGAUUCUUCAGUAUCACUCAAGUAUAUAAUCAAAGCCUUUACUUGGCUGGGCUUUCUUUUUCUUUUUUGAGAUGAUGCUACUUAAUAGUAAUUACAGAGAAUUAUAGGAUAUCUUUAUACAAGAUUUCUUCCCUGUAUCUUUAAAAAUACUGCUUUAUUCUAUUCCUAUUUUCUACUUAAAAAAAGAAAAAUUUGCUUACUGAACUAAUUUUUUUUGCCUGUCAGCUUUGUAUUCUUAUUUCUCAACUUUUUUAAGUACUGACUUAAGUCAGUACUUAACUGACUUUUCUGCUUUUGUCUGAUUUAAUUAGAUCAUUGGUUCUUGUAUUAAUAACAGACCACAGGCAAUUAAUGUGUAUUUUCAAACAGUGUCUUAAGUUGUUUCAAAGCACUGAAUGGUAAGUUCAAUAGCUUAUCAUCCUGAAGGGAGCCCUCCUGAAAUAUUUUGUUUAGUAUUUGACAGUGGAGAAAUAUACAGUGCUCCUUUCGGGGGGAAAUCAUGAAUUUAGUGUUAUCCAACUUAUAUUGAACCAGAAUCAGUAUAAAAGAUAUUGUAAAUAUGAGAAACGGGUACUUAAAAAACAAACAAAUAAACAAACAACUACAUAGAAUCAGAACUGUGAAAGUAGUAAUUUGUCCUAGCAAGUUAGUGUAGAAGUUCCUAUUGGCUAAUUUGCUUUCUGGUAUUUUAUAUGUGUUGAAAUGUUUGUGAGGUCUUUUGAUAAAAAAUUCUUUUCUACUUUUCAGAUAACUUGUAAUUUAAAAAAUGUACAUAUAAUUAUGUAUGGGAAAGUUGAACUCAUUGUAUAUUGGAAUUUAGAUUUUUAGUUUAUAAAGUAUUUGUUAUGUGUAUAAACUCAAAAUGUGGACAUUUUACAAAAGGUUAAUGUUGAAAAAUGUAAUGUUAAAGUUUUUUAUGUAAAGUGUAAAAAAAAUGCAUCACAGAUUUACAUGUUGAUUUUUAAAAAAUAUAAACCUGAAAAUUUCACAAUGGUGUUUGAAUAAUUUUUAUUAUAGGUACUACUUAAUGUUUCUGUAAAUGAAUUAAAAAACAAGACAAACUGGCUGUGUAGAAUUUCUUACAGAGCUGAUAUUAAUCAUUUAAAAAGCUUAGGUUUAAUGAGAGUAAAGCUUUUUUAUGGUCUUUUCUUUUACUUUUUGAUCAGAAAUCAACUUUGAAUAUCCAUUAUAGAUUUGGUUGUGAAUAAUUUGGUAAUUAUAAGAAGGUCAGUGGAAGGAAAGUGAACUUACCCAAGCAGAAUUUAUUUUAUAAAACAUUUUUUAUCUGUGUAACUUGGCUUCAUUGUUGUCUCUUAAUCUGUUUAAUCAAUUUACCUAUCAUCCCUUUCAUUAUUCAAAAGAAUGAACUCAUUUAUUGUAAAUAAAGAGCUUCUUAUUGAAAGCAACAUCUCAUAUUUAAGAGAGUCAGAUGCAUAAAGAGAGUCUGGAGCCUUAGACAUAUCAAUACAUGUUUUCCCCACUCUUUGGAAAGCUGUCUUAUUAUAGAAGCCCCUGAACAAAACCAUAGCAGCAGGCUUUUAAGAGAACUCAGAUUCUAGCAAAUGAUUUUUAGAUACCAAUCAGGACAUACAGUCAGGAAAAUAUUCAAAUUCUUGACACAUUCUUUCAGUGUGUAAGUAUGAUAUACCUUAUUGAGACAGGGCUGAAUUGAAUCAUGAAGGCGAUAUAUUUGGCUUGGUCUUUGCAAGUUUCUCUUGGAUUUUGAUUCAUUUCAACACACAUUUAUAAAGCAUUCUGUGCAGAGCAUCAUGGUAGAAGAUAGAAAUUUUGCAUAAGAUAGGGUCCUAAACCUCAUGUAGCUGAUACUCAUAGAGAAAUUAAGUUACUUGGAGGGCACAGUACUGCAUGAAUAGAAAUAUACAAAAUUAAGUGCUAAUAUAAGUUUCAAGGGGGAAAUUAAUGAUUAAUGAGAGAUCAAUGGACUUAUUUUAGGGACACUUUUAUGGUUACUAUGCUAUGUGACUUGUUAAGACCUGCUUUUUAUAGGUUUUAUACAUUUGUAUGGGUUGUAUGCAAUCCUCUUUAUACUGGUACCAGGCCAUAGUCUGCACUUUGAUCUCAUGAAAAGAGUAUAUUCUUAGUUUCUUCUACCUCCUUUUUGUCAUAGGCUUUUCCUUGGGCCCUUUCUUUCCAUCCAUUAGGGUGUUAAACUGAAAGAAAUCAAAGAGGGAGAACAACAGUCAUUUAGAUAGAGCAGCUUCUUUAUUUUACAUAGGAAGAAAUUAAGGUAGAGAUAGGUGAAUUCAUGUAGCUAAGACCAUAAGACUAUUGAGGAAGAGUCGAACUUCUGAUAACACGUGAAUUUAUGGUGUUUUAUAAAUGUUCCUGUCAUUAAUAUUGUCAUCAUUAUUGAGCCAGGAAGAUCUAGGUUUAAGUCCUACCUCUGCCAUAUAUGGUCUGUGUGACCUUGGGCAAUUUACUUUUCAAUGUCAUGGGCAAUUCUAAAACUAUAAUUUGCACAACAGUUGCUGAUCUGCCUUGGUUGAAAGAGUUUUCUUGUUAGGAAUUCCUUAUAACAAAAAAAACAUGGGUCUGGAUCAAACAUAUAUUGAAGACGUUUUCAAAUCUUGCCUCUUAAUACAUUAAUGCUUUGCCUUUGCCGCAAUUGGGAGUCAUUCUCAUUCAACUCUUUAUUGAAAUUUUGGGAGUAAAUUUUAAAGUAGAGUUUAGAAAUAUACAAUACAUCAGGGAAUUCAACAGAAACAAAAGUUCAUAGUAUAUAAGAAUAUUCAUAGCCACUUGCAUUGUAAUGGGAAGGCUAGAAACAAAGUGGGCAGCCUUCAUUUGAGAAAUGACUGAGAAAAACAAUGGUGUAAAUAUCUAAUGGGAUGUUGAUAAUAUAGUAAGAGAUAAAGAAAAUUAGGAAUUAAUUGGAAGUUUGUGAGAAUAGAGUGUGAAAUCAGCAGAUCCAAGAGAACAAAAUAUACAAUGACCACAGUGUACAUGAAGAGACCACUGAAAGGAAGUCUGAGUAACUGAAAAUGCAGUGAGCAUCCUAGAGAACAGAUAUUAAACCAAAGUAUUUGGAAUCUGAAAAAGUGGGUUCAAAUCUUGCCUCAUACACACACCAACUGUGUUAUCUUGGGCAAGUCACUGAACCUUUCUGUACCGUAAUUUUAUCUGUUAAGUGAUUAAACUUGAUAUCUGAGACAUUUUCUAGCUCGAAAUGUGUGAUUCUGUAUUCUCAGAAUUUUCUUUUCAUGACAGAAUGUCUAGGAGAGAAUAUAUUGUUCAUUAUUGGAUGUUUUUACUUCAUUAUUUUUCUUUGUCACAACGAAAGAGUAAAGGGGGUAAUUUACAUGAUUGUGUAAAGAUUUUUUUUUUUUUUUUUAAGUAGAAGAUAGGCUUUUCCCUCCUCCCAGUAUCCUCCCUCAUGUUAUCAAGGACAUUCUAUUGAUAGUAGCUUGUUUCUGUUGUGUUCACUUUCAUACUUUCCCUCAGAUUUUCCUACCCUGCAGUUUCCCUGCUUUGUGUCCUAAGAUGAUGAUUAGCCAACAUAAUCAGCUAAUCACUGCUAGAAGUUGUAUAUCCUGAAAGUUACUACAUUGUUAUUUCACUUAAAGGAGUGGCUGAAUAACAGGAAAUUAUAAUUGAGGUAGGAACACAGCAGCCCACUGGAGAUAUUUUUGGCUAUUUGUAAUGUGUUGCAUUUUUGGCUGAUAUUUGGGGAAUAUGUGUUGCCUGUAGAAUCAUAACCUGCUAGGUAGUUGCCUGCACCAUUUCCACACCGAGCCAGCCUUAUCUGUGAUGCAACAUUUAUGAGAGUUGACUUGGUAGCACUUAACACUGUGCCUGGCACAUAGUGGUGCUUAAUAAAUACUUAUUAAAUUGAAUUGGUAGAAAGACUGUCUCAAAAAUCAGGAGAUUUGGAUUUGAAUUUUAGCCUUGUCAAUUAAUAGCUAUAUAAUAUUAGGCAAUUCACUUCAUCAUCCCAAAGCCUCAGUCAUCUGUAACCCCUUGUUGCCAAUGCUUCUUUUGUAGCAUGCGUCAAAUGUGGGGUGUGGUUACACAGUCAGUAAAAGAAAAAGUACUAAAAUAAUCCAGCUACCUUAAAGUAUUCUGGAAUAUUAUAAAUUCUAUUUUGAUUAAUGGUAAUUAUUUCUUAAUAUUCAAAAAAUUAACAUUUCAUUUUUGUUUCCUAUACUUUUUGGGGGUACAGUUAGAACCCUCCUUUUUAACAAAACUCUUAAAAGUUAGUAACACUGCAUGUAACUGAUUCUUGUUUAAGGAGAAGUCUUAUAUGGCAUAUCUCACUUAAUGAGUAGAUAGUUAAUAUGAGAAGGACCAGAUACUUCAUUUUGCUGCAAAUGUUUGCUUGGUCCUGUGAGGUAUUUUUAAAUCCUGAUCCCCUUUUUAAAUGUAAGAUCAUUUUAAUAAAUCAAAGAACUGUUAUUUCAUUCAUUUGUAGCUUAGGCAAAUUCUCAGGGGGUUAUUGGCACCUUAAGAGAGGUGUUAUGGCUUGCCUUUGUUCCCAUAGCUGCUAAGUUUUUGAGUAGGACUUGAACCCAGGUUUUCUUGUCUCCAGAUGUAGCACUCUCUCCAUUAAGCCUCUUAUUGUUCAUUGUAUGAAAUAGACUUCUGUGAGUCAACCUAUGCAUUAAUCAUCUUUUUAAAUUAUAUUACAUCUGUAAUUAAUUACACCUUUUUUUUAUAGCUCCAAAUUCAUCCUGAAGUCCAGGUAGCCUACUUACAUAUAAACUUUUGAAACAUACGACUUGUCUUAGUAAAAGCUUUCAUAGAAUUUAACAUUGCUAGAAUACAGAAACAUAAAUGCUUUUUUCCAGCAUUCUAUCUGAUCUUACUUUUAAUGGCUUAUUGUUGACUUUAUAUUGUAGUCAUUGUAUAUGUUGUAACUUUGACUCUGCUUUUUUCAUUCUGUAUUUCGUUUACCAAAGUUAUUUCUUGUUUCUCUGAAAUUUUUAUGUAUGUUUUUAUUUAUGGUACAGUAGGAUUCCUUUGUGUUAAUAUAUUAUAUUUUUUAUUUGCAAAAAAGGAAGGAAGGUACCUUCUAGCUCCUUCUUGGAGUCAAAUUUAAUUAUAAUUUUCUAGCCUUCUGAUUUGUUAUUGUUAUAAAUUCAAUUUAUACUAACAAUUUUACUUGUUAGACUUUUAGUAUAUAUUAGUCUAGUCAUUGUAUGUAUUAGUUUCCUAUUUCUGUUUUAAUUCACUUUGCAUCAGUUGAUAUAAGCUGUCAGUACCUUCUUUGUAUUCUUUAUACUUCUUUUGGUUCAUGAUUGUUUGAUUACUUCCAUAUACUACAAUCUGCCUAUUUCUCAAUUUAUGGGCAUUUACCUUGUUUCUAGUUCUUUGUUAUUAAAAAAAAGUUCUGAAAAGAAUUACAAAUUAUUAACAAAGAAAAGAAUACUCAAAAUCAGUAAGAAUAAGAGAAUUGUGAAUGAGAAUGGAUAUUGAAAUUUCAUUUUACAUCUAGAAGAUCUGCAAAGAUAAUAAAAUAUGGUAGAAAUGUGAAAGUGAUAGGUGUACUAAGACACUGUUGGUGAAGUUGUGAACUGGUCUAGCCACUCUAGAAUAGUUUGUGAAGAUAAUGACUGAAAUGUCCAUAAUGCUUUCACAAAAAGAGUUCACUAUUAGGUAUAUACUCCCAAAUAACUCAGACAAAAAGGCCCUAAGUGAGGGUCACUGCAACAUGUGGAGUGACUAGUAUAUAUAUGUAUGUGUAUGUAUGUAUAGUAUGAAUAUUGAAAGAAUCUAAAAAGUUUGCUUUUAAGCUUUCUUUUAAUUAAAAAAAAGCUUAUUGCUUAACUUUUGAUUAUGCAUACAAAUUCUUUUUAUACAAAAUUUAAUUUUCCUCCCAGGAAGUAAUCUUUUCCCUCAGAGAAAUUUUUAAUUUUAUCAUCAUUAUCAAUCAGUGUUUAAAUGCCAAGUGUACUAGGCACUAUGCUUGAUGUUAUAAGGAUGUAAAUACAAGACAUAGUCCUUGCCCUCAAAGAUCUUAUGGUAUAGAUUGUGAAACAAAACUGUACAUGAAAAAGGAGUGCAAUAAAAGUAAGUUUAAUCCUU